UAACCUAGACCAAUCCUAAUAAUCCUCCCCUAUCCCAUCCGCGCGCCGCCACCCACAUCGGGAUCGCCCGAUCCAACUAGAGCAAGCCCUUGUCCCCGUGCCGGCCUCCCAUGUUCCGAUCCAGAGGAAUCAAGAGCAACAGCAGGAGCUCCUCCCGUGCCCGAGCUCCCUGGUACCCCACGUUGUCCCUGCCCUUGGCGUUCGACCGCUCCGGUAACCAGCCGCCGCUUGCUGGAGCACCAAAUCAGCAACAGCUCCGCUGCACGUGCUACUUUGUCCUCCAGCGAGACCCUGUUGGCGACCGCCACGAGGCAGACCUCACCGUCGCCUUUCGCCAUGCCGCGGCGCACCCACACGGUCCUGCCAAGGCCGUCGUACCUCGCGUCAUCCCUAGCUUCCCCAAGCGCCCAAUGGGAGGAGCCCCUGGAGUAGUCGGAACUCCCUCCACGUUCGUGUACGGGCAGGAGCUCGUCGCGAGCGGACCGGCCGCCUCCCGUCCAACGCAUCCCCGAGGACCUACAGGACCAGCAUCGUUCCUCCCGCCUCUCUUUUCUCUGCCCUCUUGCUUCUCUUUUAUCUAUCUUAGAGCUCCCUAUCUCGUCUUCUUUCUUGCAGAAGAACGUCUAGGAACGGCCGCAUCAAGCACCACCAGAUCGAGUCUCAUUGCUCGACCGAGCUACCGCCAUGCACACCCGCGCCCCUGUUGUUCAUGUGCGUCUUCGUAGGAUCUGCGCCAUGGCCCGCCUCUGUCACUCCCAAGUCCCAUCGCCAGCAGUUGCUCACCAUGGUUUGCCUCAUCUUCGUCCAGAGAAGAGGAGGAACAUGUCACCAGCAACCGCGUUGACCGCCCCUCGCCUUGCCCUGGACCACCAUGCCGGCCCAGCAAGGUGAAAAUUGCCGCCCACCAGUAGUCUGCACGCCCGUCAUAGCUCAUCUGCCCAUGUCGCCGUUGCAUUUGCUCGUCGGAUACAUCUCUAGUUUUCGUGUUCGAUGUGGGGAACAAAGCUCGACUAUUUAGUCGCUUUGACAAACCAGUGCCUCAAUCAGUGGCAUGUACAACGCAGUAGCGCAGUGGCUAGCGCCUCAUGUUCCCAUCUAGGGUGUCCUUGGUUCAAAACCAGCUCACCCCAUAUAUUUUUGUUUGUUUAUUUGUUUUUUCCAGCUCUAUGAUGUUGCUCUCACAUCUAUUGGACAAGUAGCAGUAGGUUUCGGCCAUGUAGUUUAUAUUUUUUGUCCCAGCCACAUCAAUAUUAUUUUGCAAGCAUGUUGCACCCAUUGUA